AGACAUUCGAAAUACAAACAAAAUAUGAAACUAAGCGUCGAUGGACUGCUUGUGUAUUUUCCAUAUGAAUACAUAUAUCCAGAGCAAUAUGCGUAUAUGUUGGAGCUUAAAAGAACUUUGGAUGCGAAAGGACACUGUCUGCUGGAAAUGCCUUCGGGCACCGGAAAAACUGCCACAUUGCUUUCAUUAAUUGUGGCCUACAUGAUAGAGCAUCCAGAAACAGUGCGCAAAUUAAUAUAUUGCUCACGAACAGUGCCCGAAAUCGAAAAAGUAAUUGCAGAGCUGCAAAAUCUUAUGACCUACUAUGAGCGCAAUGCAUCAGAGCAGCCAGGACUCACCGGACUUGUGCUUAGCUCACGUAAAAAUAUGUGCAUACAUCCAGACGUGAGUAAGGAGCGCGAAGGCAAGGCGGUGGAUGGCAAAUGUUAUGGUCUGACUGCAAGCUAUAUACGCGAACGCCAUGAGGUGGAUUCAGAGACGCCUAUAUGUCAGUACUUUGAGGGCUUUAGCUUGGAGGGCAAGGAGUCUACAUUGCCUGUGGGUGUCUACAGCAUUGAUGAUCUUAAGGAGUAUGGACGCGCAAGAAACUGGUGCCCUUACUUUUUGGCACGUUAUGCUAUUGCACAUGCACAUAUUGUGGUCUACAGCUACCACUAUCUGCUAGAUCCUAAAAUUGCACAGGUUGUAUCCAAGGAAAUGACUCGGGAGUGCUGCGUGGUUUUUGAUGAGGCCCAUAAUAUUGAUAAUGUUUGCAUUGACUCAAUGAGUGUAAAGAUCAACAGACGGACUGUAGAGCGUAGCACCAAUGCACUCAAUCAGCUCACCAAAGCAGUGCAAGACAUGCGCGAAGAGGACACUAAUCGGAUGAAUGAAGAAUAUCAGCGCAUGGUGCAGGGCCUAAAGGAUGCCAGUGUGCAGCGGGAUACAGACAUGAUAUUGGCGAAUCCAGUGCUGCCUAGUGAUGUGCUUACCGAGGUGGUACCUGGCAAUAUACGCAAUGCGGAUCAUUUUCUCAGCUUUCUUCGUCGCUUUAUCGAAUAUAUAAAGACGCGUUUGCGAGUGCACCAUGUGGUCCAAGAGUCACCAGCUGGUUUCCUCAAGGACGUAUCCUCUAAGAUUUGUAUAGAACGUAAGCCUCUACGCUUUUGCGCUGAGCGUUUAUCCAGCUUGCUGCGUACUUUAGAAAUUAGCGAUAUGACAGAAUAUGGCGCAUUAACUUUGAUAACACACUUCGCCACACUUGUGUCAACAUAUACUAAAGGCUUUACCAUAAUCAUUGAACCCUUUGAUGAUAAGACGCCUACUGUUUCAAAUCCAAUAAUGCAUUUUAGUUGUUUGGACUCAUCUAUAGCCAUGGCGCCUGUCUUUUCACGCUUUCAAACAGUUGUCAUAACAUCGGGCACACUAUCACCUAUGGAUAUGUAUCCGAAAAUACUUGAUUUUGAUCCUGUGGUCAUGAGCAGCUUUACCAUGACGCUGGCUCGUCCCUGUCUGCUGCCCAUGAUUGUGUCCAAGGGCAAUGAUCAGGUGACCAUUUCAUCCAAAUUUGAAACGCGUGAUGAUACCGCUGUCAUACGUAAUUAUGGCCAACUGCUGGUGGAAGUGGCCAAAACGGUGCCGGAUGGCAUUGUAUGCUUUUUUACUUCCUAUUUGUAUUUGGAGUCUGUGGUGGCCUCUUGGUAUGAUCAGGGCAUUGUGGAUACAUUGCUACGCUACAAGUUGCUGUUCAUAGAGACUCAGGACAAUGCUGAAACAAGUUAUGCUUUGAUGAACUAUGUUAAGGCAUGUGAUUGUGGUCGUGGCGCUGUGCUGCUGGCGGUGGCUCGCGGCAAGGUCUCCGAGGGUGUGGAUUUCGAUCAUCAUUAUGGUCGGGCAGUGCUCAUGUUUGGCAUACCCUACGUUUAUACACAGUCGCGCAUAUUGAAGGCCCGACUAGACUAUCUACGCGAUCAGUUUCAGAUACGCGAGAACGAUUUUCUGACCUUUGAUGCUAUGCGGCAUGCGGCACAGUGUGUGGGUCGUGCACUGCGUGGUAAAACCGACUAUGGUAUUAUGAUCUUUGCAGAUAAGCGUUUCUCGCGCGCGGAUAAGCGUUCACGUCUGCCCAAAUGGAUUCAGGAGCAUUUGGUUGACAGCUUUUGUAAUUUGAGCACUGAGGAGGCGGUGCAAUUGGCACGACGCUGGCUGCGACGUAUGGCGCAACCAUUUUCACGUGAAGAUCAGCUGGGGAUAUCGCUGCUAACGCUGGCACAGCUGGAAAGCAUGGAACAGGAGAAACUGGAGCGGCAGGCGCAGGGCAAAGAGGGCGUGGGUGGUGAAGUGCAGGAGCUGUGAGCGUGGCGACGACAAAUCAAUUUGUGGCUGGAAACCGGCUCUCAAAGCUGGUGCUCAGCUUCCUUCCGCAAUGUUUCUUGUUGAUUUGCUUAUAUGCGAAUGUAAUUACAAUAAAAAGUAAAUUUGUUGCCAGCUAAUGGCAUUCAAUGCCAUUAAACGGAUCAGCAAAAACAAUAAAAGCAAA